CCCUUUCAAAUUUCAAUACAAAAAAAUUCUCGUAAUCAUUUGAUUAAGGAGGAAACAUAAUCUAUGAAAACGAUUUAAGUUGAAGAAAAAUCUACUGCUCCAGCUCCCCGCAGUCGCCCUAGUUUAUACCCUACAAUGGAUGUAGAAUUGGUCACUGAAAGUGAUGAAGGUUUUAUGGUACAUGAUAAUAAUGCGGAUUAUACAAAUUUUGAGGGCGAAAGAUGUGGCAUUUGUAUGGAUACUGUCAUUGACAGAGGAGUUCUUGAUUGCUGUCAACAUUGGUUUUGUUUUACUUGCAUUGACAACUGGGCUACCAUUACAAAUCUAUGCCCACUUUGCCAGAAUGCAUUUCAAUUGAUCACAUGUGUGCCUGUGUAUGAUACAGUCGGCAACAAGACUGAUGAGAAUUCAUACUCUAGAGAUGAUGAUGAUUGGUGCAUUGAAGGACAAAAUAACACCCUAUCCUUCCCAUCAUAUUAUAUUGAUGAAAAUGCAGUUGUCUGUUUGGAAGGCGAUGGCUGCAAAAUACGGAGUAGAUCUGUGACAUUAGAAGCAGAUUCAGUUCUUGAUACAUCCAUUGCUUGUGAUGGAUGUGAUGUAUGGUACCAUGCCUUCUGCGUUGGAUUUGAUCCUGACGGAACCUAUGUAAAUUCAUGGCACUGUCCAAGGUGCCUGAACAAUCAGAUGCCACGAGACUAUUCUGAUGAUGUACCAGUGACAAUGUUAGGUAACCAACCUGGUCCAGAUGCUGGUGGAGGUGAUUCUUCAGGAGAAGCAUCUUUCUUGGGAAAAGUAUCAGUAUCAAUUGCCGAUGCGGGCGAGACAGCCAUUGUUGUCUCCCGUGUUGAUGAAAACCAAGGGAGUUUAGAACCAAGUGGAGGACUUCCAAUCUUGGAUUCUAUCACCAACAAAAACGGGGAUGCACUUGUACUGAGUUCGGUUUUUGAUGUUGCAAAGCCUCAAGAACCCGCAAGUAUAGUGGUGUCCAGGAAACAAAUCUCUGGGUCAGAAAAGCUGGGAUUGUUGUCAUCACAAAACGAAUGUUUCAGUUUAGCAUCCCCUUCCCCCUCACAUACCGCUGAUGCAAGAACGGAAGAUCCGAGUAGUGGGAGUGCGCUUGUUGAAUCAAUGGCCAAUGUUCUUGUUGAUGAUCAAGUGCAUGGAAUGGUACUCGAGAAGAGCAGCUUGCAGCAAGUUUUACCAGAUGAUGAAAUUGCACCAGAUAAAGCAGAGAUACUGGUAGGUGGCAGCAUGAAACCAUAUGAACAAGUAGAUAUUGCUUCUGCUAAUGGUGUUAAGAGAAAGAACAAGGAUACCAGAAUCCCUGGUGUUGGGGUAAAUAGAGCUGAAAUUGAAGCUGACAUACCUCUGAAGAAAGUGAAACUCAAGGCCCGUGAGGCAAAAAAUCGGCUAGUUCCUUCAAAAGACUAUUCCUCUGGUUCAGAUGAGGACGCCGAAUCUGAAAAGAUUGGUGUUAGUUUUGAUAUAAUGAAUAUAGUUCAGGGGUCUGGUCAUAAGCGCCGAAAGCUGGCGGCCAGUACCAAUUCCACUUCUAAGGAGGGCGAAAAUUCUGUUCGUUUGCGAGUCAAAAAGAUAAUGAGGAGAACUGGGGAUGAUGCAGAUGCAUCUCAACUAGUGCAAAAUCUUCGGAAAGAAAUCAGGGAUGCUGUUCGUAAUAAAUCAUCUAAAGAAAUUGGAGAAAAUAUUUUUGAUCCGACUCUUUUAGCUGCUUUCAGGGCCGCAGUAGCUGGACCAGUGGCUGAAGAUUCGAAGAAGCCUCCUGUAGAUUUAAAAGCUAAGAAAGCGCUGUUGCAGAAAGGAAAAGUUCGUGAAAAUUUAACAAAGAAAAUAUAUGGGGUUGGUGGGAGGCGGAAACGGGCAUGGACUCGAGAUUGUGAGGUUGAGUUUUGGAAACAUCGGUGCGAAAAGGUUUCUAGGCCUGAAAAGGUUCAGACCUUAAAAUCUGUUCUUGACCUCCUUAAAAAUGAUACUGGUAACAAGGAGAUAAAGCAUGACAAAGAUGGGGAGGCAAGUUCCAUUCUUUCAAGAUUGUAUUUAGCAGAUACUUCUAUUUUUCCGAGGAAAGAUGACAUCAGGCCCAUAUCAGUCCUUAGAAAUGAUGGAAUUCCAGAAAAGAACAAAGAGCAGAAUUUGCCUCAAAACCUUGAAAAGAAUCCAGUGAAGAAUGAGGUUUCCAAAACAAUAGUUGAUACUUCAACAGAAUGCACACAGCCCAAGAAAGGUGUCUCAGGUCUUAAGACUGAAUCAGCUUCAGCUAAAUCUCAAAACAAACACACUGAAAGGCCAUCCACAUCUCAACUCGGUAGCUCAAAGUUGUCUUCUCAGUCCGAAACAUCCGGUGCAUCUAAUGGUAAAAAGAGUGAUAUGAGGAAAUGGGCUUUAGAGCUUCUUGCUAGAAAGACUGCUACGACAAAUGGCCCAAGGGAAAAAGAAGAGGAUAGUAUCAUGCUCAAGGGAAAUUUUCCUUUAUUAGCUCAGCUUCCAAAAGAUAUGCGACCAGUUUUAGCACCUACUCAUCACAAUAAAAUUCCCGUAUCAGUCAGACAGGCUCAACUUUACCGUCUUGCAGAGCUCUUUUUGAGAAAGGCAAAUUUGCCAGUUAUAAGCAUAACUGCAGAAACAGAAUUGGCGGUUGCUGAUGCCGUUAACAUUGAAAAGGAGGUUGCUAAUAGAUCAAACAGCAAGCUAGUAUAUGUGAACUUGUGUUCGCAGGAGCUAUCACGAAGAUCGGAUUGUGUGAAUUUGAGUAGAGAAGAAACUGCUCCUACUUCUCCUGCCCCUAUUGAUCAACCAGAAGAGAAAAAUGAUACUGCUGAUACUGCUUCCCAUCUCGAGGUCGAUGAAGCAUUGAAGCUGGCAGGAUUGUCCGAUACCCCUCCAAGUAGUCCAUGCCAGCCUUUGGAAGAGUACGAGGAUUCCGGUUUAUUGCAACACAAUAAUGAUGACGAUGAACUGAAUGUGUUUGAAAUGGAUGCUCAACCAGAACUUGAUAUUUAUGGUGAUUUUGAAUACAACUUAGAGGACGACGACCUCAUUGCUGCUAAUGUUGUAAAGACUUCCAACCCACCGGAGGAGGGUUCCAGAAUGAAGUUGCUUUUCUCCACCCUUAACCUUGAGAAAUCAAAUGGUUCCCCACACAUUUCAGAUCUUGAAGGAUCAGCAUGCAACAAACCUGUAGCGCUGUCUUUCGGCUAUGACUGUCCCAUUGAAACUGGAAGCUCAAAUAGAGAGAGUGUGGAGAAUGCCAAUCAGCCUCAGGCGAAACUACCGGAUGAAGAGUGUGCGGAACUUUCUCUUGCUGAAUGUGAAGAAUUAUAUGGGCCUGAUAAAGAACCGCUCGUUGUAAAGUAUCCGGAGAGAGCAACAAUGCAACCGUGUGAAGUAAUGGAUGAUAAAGGCACUAGGAAUGGAAAUGAAUGUAAUGGAAUUAACAAAGCUGAUAAAGAAUCUGAACCUGAAAAAGAAGGAGCUCAUGAGUCUGCUAGUUCACACAAUCAUCCUCAUAAUGCAGAACAAACACAUUGGAAGAAGAAAAGUUCCACGGCCAGUUCUGACAAGCAGUCAGACGCUUAUAAUUUUGUUUCGAAGAAGGUUGAAGCCUAUGUCAAAGAGCAUAUCAGGCCACUGUGCAAGAGUGGCGUUAUCACUGUUGAACAGUAUAGAUGGGCUGUAGGAAAGACGACUGAGAAGGUCAUGAAAUUUCAUUCAAAAGACAAAAAUGCAAAUUUCCUCAUCAAGGAAGGAGAGAAAGUUAAGAAACUUGCCGAAAGGUAUGUUGAAACCGCCCAGCAAACAGUAACUAGCCAAGCCUGUCAGAAGUAAAGCAGUUUUCUUUUUCCCUUCUUUUUUCCACUUUCAUCAGUUUUGAACCGUGUUUAGACAAUGAAUAGGAACGAGUCUUCGGCCAAUGUAUAUAUCAAGGCACAUUUUUGAACAGGUUUGGAGGCCUAUUGAAAAAGGCUUAACUUAGCUGAAUGGAAAGAACCUAGUAUGAUCCCAUUCUGACCCUUUGCUCGUGUUGUCUGUAUUUGUCUCGAACCAAUUGGAACGGCGCUCUGGAGAUUGACAUUUUAAGCAACUUUGUUCGGAAGAUUUUUUUUUUCUUUUGUUUUUGUGAAUAUUAGAAAUUCCAGUGAUAAGAAUAAUAUUCUAACAUAAUUGUCCAACAUAAUAAAAAGG